ACGGAUUUAUUUUUCGAGCAUAAAGAAAUUUUCCGUGAAUUUUUAUUAUUUUCAUCAUUAACUUUCUGAUUUAAGAUGAACUUCCUGGGAUUCGGACAAACUGCAGAUAUAGAUAUUCUUUUCUUAGAUACAGAGAAUCGAAAAUAUGCAGAGUGUCGUAUGGAUGAAAGUGGCAAAAAAGAAAAAUUAUUAUUAUAUUAUGAUGGAGAAACAAUAUCUGGCAAGGUCAACGUAACAUUAAAAAAGCCUGGAACUAAAUUAGAGCAUCAGGGAAUCAAAAUUGAAUUGAUAGGCCAAAUUGAGUUAUUUUAUGACCGAGGAAAUCAUCAUGAGUUUUUAACACAAUUAAAAGAACUGGCGAGGCAUGGAGAUUUAAUUAAGAAUACCAGUUACCCUUUUGAGUUUCCAAAUGUGGAAAAAUCCUACGAAGUUUAUACAGGAUCGAAUGUUCGUUUGAGGUACUUUUUGCGUGUAACAAUUGUUCGACGAAUAAGCGAUAUUGUGCGUGAGGUCGACAUAGCUGUACACACAUUAAGCAGUUAUCCAGACAUGAAUAGUCCAAUUAAAAUGGAAGUUGGUAUCGAAGACUGUCUACAUAUAGAAUUUGAGUACAACAAGAGCAAAUAUCAUCUUAAAGAUGUCAUUGUUGGAAAGAUUUAUUUUCUGCUGGUUCGCAUCAAAAUCAAGCAUAUGGAAAUAGCUAUUAUUAAAAGAGAAACAACUGGUGCUGGCUCGAAUGUAUUUACGGAAAAUGAAACGAUCGCCAAAUAUGAAAUAAUGGAUGGAGCCCCUGUCAAAGGCGAAAGUAUUCCAAUUCGAGUAUUUUUAGCAGGAUAUGAUCUGACACCAACAAUGAGAGAUAUUAAUAAAAAGUUUUCUGUGCGUUAUUUUCUUAAUCUUGUGUUAAUGGAUACUGAAGAUCGUCGCUACUUUAAGCAACAAGAAAUUACUUUGUGGCGCAAAUCUGAGAAAACAAGAAAGUCUCUCUCAAAUAGUGCAAUUGGCGGUUCCUCUGGUCAAGGAAGUACCAAUAAUUUAACACAAGCUCAGCAAAAUGCCCAAAUGCCAACACAUUUGGUUCAAGGCGCAUCGUCCUUAAUUCAUCAUAAUCUUUUAACAACAACAAAUGAGCAGGAACCAAUUGGUGGAGGAAAUACUACAUCAUCUCCUGUUGCGCCGACAUUAACUGAUCAAUCAAAUAUGGGAUUAUUUACAGAAGAAGAAAGUCCGCAGCAUGAAGCUCUUGGAUCAAAAGUUCGAAGCAAUCCAUUGGCUUUUGAUACUGAUGAUGAUAAAACACCAAGCAAAGAGGAAGACGCCCCAAUUUCAUCCAAUACUACUAAUAGUAAAGAUCAGCCUCAACAACAACAAUCAAUCGACGAAUCUUCUUCGCUUUUUGAUGAACCGGCAAACACAGUAACAACAACUGAACAACAAACAAAUAAUGCAAUAAGCAAUAAUGAUGUUCAAACUUCGGCUACAACAACAGAAGAUUAAUAUUCAUAUUUGAGGACUAGUUAAGCUAUUAAUGUAUCAUAAUGAUAGUAAUGAUGAUGAUGGCGAGGAAGUUUUUUCUUUCAAGGGGAAACCUUAUGACAGUUAAGGAAAACUUGACGUAUAGUAUAGUUAAAGUAAAAUUCUCGUGAUAGUCCUAACAUUCUUAUUGAAAGUUUUUAUUGAAUCAAACAUUAAAGAUGAUGAUGAAAAAAAAAAUAUUUAGAGAAAAUAAAUCAAGUCCCCUUAAUUAAAGUAAAUCAAAUCUCAUUGUUAUGAAUUGAAAUAAUCAGCAAUUUAUCAAAAUUAUUAAACAC